CCCAUCUUGACUUUGCAUGUCCUGCUGCUGCUCUGGUCUACGGCUGUGUGGUUGGUGGUGGCAGUGGCAUAAAGUGUAAAUUUUCUCCCCGAUAGAGCAGGAGCAGUUUCGAUCGAACUUAUAGCAACACCUGACCAAUGCGCGGCUCCCGCCUAGAAGAUUGACAAGUCAUAUCGAGUCUGAGUCGGACCUGUCGAAAACUUCGGGUUUUGCCUCGAGCUCGCUCUCCGGCGACGGCAUGGAGGAUGAGUACGAAAGUUUGCCCUCGGCCUCGACCGGGGUGCACAUGAUGGCCGGAGCCGUAGCGGGAAUAAUGGAGCACUGUCUCAUGUAUCCACUCGAUUCAGUCAAGACCCGGUUGCAGUCCUUACGACCGAUCGCUGGCGCUCGGUAUACAGGCGUCACGGAUGCCUUAUACAAGAUGAUACGAUACGAAGGUGCUCUCCGACCUGUUAGAGGAAUAUCCGCUGUUGUCGUGGGGUCAGGACCCGCUCACGCGCUUUAUUUUAGUGCUUACGAGAAAUUGAAACGUCAAUUGAGUGGGACGGAAAACGGCGCGAGAAGUCCUAUCAGUCAGUGUUUAGCAGGAGGAUUGGCAACAUUGAUGCAUGACUCUGUGAUGAACCCAGCCGAAGUAGUCAAGCAAAGAAUGCAGAUGUACAACUCCCCGUACAAGAGCUGCACCGACUGCCUUGCGCACGUCUGGCGCUCCGAAGGCGUCAAGGCUUUCUAUAGGUCUUUCACAACUCAACUGUCGAUGAACAUACCCUUCCAAUGCGUGCAUUUUGUUACAUAUGAAUUCCUCACGGAGUGGACGAAUCCCUCGCGGACCUACAAUCCGUCGGCACACAUGAUCAGCGGCGCAGCGGCAGGAGCACUUGCCGCUGCUUUCACGACACCGCUGGACGUGUGCAAAACCCUCCUCAAUACUCAGGAGGUGACGAUGCUCGAGGCAACGAAACAAUCGCGGAUCCGUGGUCUCUGGCACGCGGCGUCGACAAUCCAUUUAUGCUGCGGAUUGCCGGGUUUCGUCAGAGGUCUCCAAGCCAGAGUGAUGUACCAGAUGCCGUCGACUGCCAUCGCAUGGUCAACAUACGAGCUUUUCAAAUACUUGCUUCAUGAGCGACACCACGUUGUGGUAAUGCCUGUUGUCGCCGUGACAGCUAAAGUCGAACCCUCCGGAGCUCUCGAUCGAAACAAACCGCUUGAUUCGGGGGUAAGGCGAGAGACAAACACAUGUGAGAAGCUGCCACUCCCCGAGAGCACUCGAAGUCCUGGCGGCUAAUUCCUUAAGUAGAGUUUCGUAAUUGGGUCUCCUGUCAGAAGAUGUUCACAUUUGUUUCAGAGCAGCAAAGAAGAAGUGGCAGCAAACCUGUAACCCUACGGGUUCAGUCUACGCUGAUGAUCUCGCUUUGAGAGCAGAGCAUCAAUGUCGUUUACGUGUGAGGUGUGACCC